AUGGAACCGACCGAGAAGCGUAAAUUCGACGGGGAGGAUGGCGACACUCAAUCCAAUGCCCCCAAAAAAAGAGUGAUUGGGCCUUCGUUGCCCCCGUCUGCAUCGGCGCAACCUGAUCACGAAACCUCCGGCAGCGAAUCGGACAGCGAAAGCGACGACGACUUCGGCCCCAGUCUGCCUCCUCCUGCCGGCACGUCGAUAGCGCCCGUGGAACAGCCGGUCGGUCAAUCAGAUGCGCCAGCCCGCGAGAAGAAGGAGAGUCAGCGUGAUCAAUGGAUGCUGGCGCCCCCCGACGGGAGCGACUGGGCAAACAAGAUCGACCCUACGCAGAUCCGGAACCGAAAAUUCAAUACAGGCCGUUCUGCCCGCUCGGGAGGCUCAAAAGAAGUCGAUUCCUCGUGGGUAGAGACUCCGGAGGAGAGGAUGAGACGGCUGGGAGAUGCUGUGAUGGGAGUCGGCACACCAUCCGGUGACGCCAAGCAACCCAAAGCCUCCAGCACGGCUAGAGACAAGUCCAUGGAAGAGAGGAUCAAAAAGUACAAAGAACAGAGCGGAAAGAACAGCCGCCUUGAGAGUGCCGAAGCACGCAAGGAGGAGGACGACGAUCCCAGUGCGCGUGCAUUUGACCGCGAGAAGGACAUGGCAAUCUCAUCCAAAAUCUCCAAUGCGAAGCGGCGGGAAAUGGUGAAUAAAGCAAGCGACUAUAGUUCGCGCUUCAGCAAGGGCGCGUUUCUCUGA